GUUUAAAGAGCGUAAUCGGAAAGCAUCUGCGUUGACGAGGAGGAGGAGCUGAUGAUGAUGCGGCAGUCGGAUCCCAUUUCAUCGUCAUCAUCAUACCCGGUAGGAGGACGGGCUUCGUCGCCACAGUCGCCCAACUGUUUCCGAAUCCCUAUUCCGCUGGAACCGCUAAAGGACGGACCCUCUAUGGACCCCAAGGAACGGACGUUUCUGGAGGCGGCUGAGCGCGGGGACCGGCACACUAUGAUCCGCUGCCUGUCGCCUCCGAACCCCGUGAACGUUAACUGCACUAAUAUAUUGGGACGCAGUGCCAUUCAGAUUGCUGUCGACAACGAAAACGUCGAAAUCGUCGAACUUCUUCUCCGACAGGAAGAUGUAAGAAUCGGCGACGCCCUCCUGCAGGCUAUUCGAGAAGGUGUGUACAAGAUCGUGGAGAUGCUCAUUGACCAUCCGAGCAUCACUCCGGAGAUGCUGGCCAGUGGUUGGGGGAGGUCUCUGUCCUGUGAGAGUUCCGACUAUCCUCCAGAUAUAUCCCCUGUUAUCCUGGCCUCGCACUGCAACCAAUUCGAAAUCUUGCAACUACUGCUUUCACGUGGCGCCAGUAUUGAGCGUCCUCAUCCGUUGUCGUGUGGUUGCCGGCCCUGCUUCGAGCACAACCAGAAAGAUUCUCUUCGGCAUUCCCUCAGGAGAAUCCACGCCUACAGGGCGCUAGCUAGUCCCGCCUGGAUAUCCCUUACCAGCGACGACCCUAUCUUUACUGCCUUCAAGUUAUCUUGGGAGCUGGGUGUGCUGGCUCAACGAGAAAACGAAUUCAAGGAAAUCUACCUGGAGCUCAGCAACCAAUGCAAGAAAUACUCGUGCGACCUUCUCGACCUCUGCCGGAGCACAGGAGAAGUGAUUGCCGUGUUAAACAAGCGCUGUAGCAAUCCUGCCAAUUGGGGGUCAGAUGAUGACGACUCCGAGGACGACGAUCCCAGCAAUGACUACAAGCGGUCGGGAGGCCUCACGCUGGCCAGGCUCAAGAUGGCGCUCAAGUACGACCAGAAGCAAUUUGUCGCUCAUCCAAACUGCCAACAACUGCUCACUUCCAUAUGGUGAGUAUACAGAUUGAAAAUGAUC